CUCAUAUUAUACCUACAACAAAAUCAAAGCCAUUUAAAUUAGAAACUGACGUACGAGGGGAGAAAUAUCAACAAUAUUUACGUCAAGAAUUUUCCAAGAUGGAACUACGUGAUAAAGAGAAUCAUAUAUUUCAUGCAAAACCAGCACCUAAAUUUUCAUCAACACAAACUAAAAAGCCGAGUAAACCACCCACAGUACCUGUCAGUUUUGUUUUCCAAACAGAUUCACGUAUUAAAGAACGUAAAGCUUUUGAUCAGCAAAGAAAAUUGCGAGAUCGCAUGAAAGAUUUACUUAAGGAAAAGAAAUAA